UUGAAGUGAAUCCGACAAAUUCUUUUCGAGUUAUUUAACAAUGACCAAAGGACGCUCGGGUGCUACGUGGCAUUCGAGAGCAGGUAGCUAGAAACAGCUGCAAGCAACCGACCUUUCGGGUUUCAUUGUCAUGAAUAUCUCCCCAUUUUAAUGUAGUACAAGAACUGAAAAAUAAUUUUUGGUUGCCAGUAUACCUGUAGUCGUUGCACUGAUCAGUCGAUAGUUUUGUGAUAAAUUAUUUCUCAAGUGAAUUAAAUUAUUAACCAUGGGACGUGAUUCUAGAAAGGUUUCAAGAGAACUUCGGAGUUCUGAAAAAAUUAAUAAGUCACGUUCAGUCAAAAGAAAGAAUGUUUUUAAUCCGAAAACAGCCGAACGUGAUGAAAGUAUUCAGAGUACAUCUUCUAAAAAAUUAAAACAAAACACUGAAGAUGAUGUACCUGAAGACAGCAGUACUGAAUUUCGAAUAAUAAAUUUUAUUCAGGUAUUCACUGCAAUUUCUGCUCUUAUAAAAUGUAAAAAAUGUGAUGGAAAUGUAGUGUUUCAAACAGCAAGUACACGUGGGCUGGGAUUCAAAAUUGUAGUUGCAUGUAAUAACUGUGGAAAUGAAUAUAUUCCUUCCUGUUGAAAAUAUGAAAUCUGCUAUAAUGGCAACCUUUUAUCACUACGGCUCGAGUGAUGAAAAACCGAAUCAUGAUAUGUGUCCAAAAGGCGAAGAAUCUUGGUGCUCUUACCAGCGCGCUGAAGCAAGAGGAGAGCUUGAUACCUUUUCUCACGAUUAUUCUCCUUUACCUUCUGAUGUUUUAAAAGCUAUCAAGCCUAUAUACGAAGAUCUUAGUAAUGAAAAUUUACUUUCAAGAUGUGUAGGUGGAUUCAAUCAGAAUAAUAAUGAAAGCUUUAACCAACUAGUAUGGAAAAUAUGCCCAAAAACGGUAAAUACUAGUUUUACUAUCGUACAAAUAGCUGCAUACGUUGCUAUGUGUAUAUUUAAUGAGGGUAUAAAUUCAUUAUUAGUCUUGAUGAAUACACUAGGACUUAAUUGUGGGCCUAAUUCUCAUCGGUAUGCAGAAAGAAUGGAUGCUGCACGUAUCAAAGUAGCAGAUAAGCGCGCUAAUGAUAACACCCGAGAAGGUCGAUUGCAACGUAGGCACCAGCAAAUCGAUAUUUUGGAAGCUGCUAUGUCGGCUGAAGAGCUAUUAUAUGGUCCAGGAAUAGAUGACUCAGUAUGAAUCUCCAAGGACUUAUGAUGAUCACCGCAAAGGACUUCGGGAGGAACGGGCUCUACAAAAACAGCGAUAACUUUUUGAAUUAUUAAUUUUUUUUUUUGAAAUUUUCGUGAAGUCAAAUCGAAACGUGUUCUAAUAAAGCUAUGUUUUUAUUUUUGUCAAAUAAAGUAAUUAACUACAAAAAAAAAAUUAUUGAAAAUCAUCAUUUUUUCAUACCCCUGAG